AUGUAUGCCUUUCUCGCAGCCCCGCUGGUCCUUUUGAGGCUGCUUGGGAGCCUGAACAUUGCCUCGGCCUCAUACCAUCACGAAUCGCCUCACCAUCAUGGAGCAACACACGCCCUGCGGGCGACUGGACCGAUUGAAGUAACGGGCGACCAUGAGUUCCGUCCACCGACAAAAGGCCAGCAGCGAGGUCCUUGUCCUGGACUGAACGCGCUUGCCAACCACAACUACAUCUCUCGAGAUGGAAUCGCUUCGCUCUUGGAGAUAACCAACGCCGUAACCAAAGUCUACAACAUGGAACUUGCGCUGGGGACGAUUAUUGCAGCAAUGGGGGUCCUCUGGACUGGCAACCUCGUCACUUUCUCUAUUGGUGGUGCGGAUCCUAGGGUGCCGGGCCUGUUGGGUCUUCUGGGACACCCCCAAGGUUUGGACCUUGCACAUAACUUCAUUGAGUCAGAUGCGUCCGCGACAAGGGACGAUCUCUUUGUCACAGGUGAUGCCAGUACCAUGAACUUGGCCAGAUUCGAGGAGAUGUACAACACUGUGCCCGAAAAUACGGGCCAGACCUUCACAUCCGAUGUAAUAUCCGACUGGGCUGCAAAGCGCUUCAACGAUUCGGUAGCAGAGAAUCCGCGCUUCUUCUAUGGGCCGUACACCGGUUUGAUAGCUCGCAACGCCGGGAUUCUCUUUCUGACUCGUCUCAUGGCCAAUCACGCGGAUGGCAGCAUCGAUGGUGUCCUGACACACGAAACCCUCAAGAGCUUCUUCGCAGUGUCUGGAACCCCAGGAAACUUCACCUAUAAGCGCGGCCACGAGCGAAUUCCGGACAACUUUUACCGCAGACCUGUGCCUUAUGGUUUGGUCGGUCUAAAUCUUGAUCUUGUGCACUGGAUUACAAGAAACCCAGUGCUCGGCAGUAUCGGAGGUAACGUGGGUACCGUGAACUCCUUUGCCGGCGUCGACCUCUCUGAUCCAGUUUCGGGUUUGACCAAUAUCCCCAAACUCUUGGAGUCAAACAACUUGAUCUGCUUCGCGCUGGAAUUCGUGAAGCUGGCCGCACCGUCCUAUACCAACAACAUCUUCACAACCCUUGCAGCUCCACUGGGCUCCUUACUGGAUGUCAUCAACGCCCCGCUUCUGAGCCUAUCGUGCCCGGAGUUUGGCUCUCUCACACAGGGCGGCGAGCCUCUGUGGGAAAGCUUACAAAAGCAGUUCCCAGGCGCGGAGAAGUCGGGUAUGUAG